CGGAUAGAGAAAGAGAGUUCCGGAACGAGGGAAGAGAACGUGUUCGUGGGCUCUUCCGUGAAAAAAAAUACGCACAUCUCGCGAAAUCUCAUCGGAUUAUUUCGUCGCGAACAAACAAAAAAAAGAAAGAAAGGUAUCCCCAUCGAAUUCGCGCGGCGUCGAAAAAAAAAAGGAGGGAAAAAAAAAAGGCCGCGUCGCGCGGAAGAUACACGACGCCGCUAUCGCCAUCGUUGGCGACGACGACGGGAUCGCGAAUCCGCCGACGAGUGGCACGUCUGUGUGUGAGCGGUUCUCCUUGGUAAGCGUGACGUAAUUGUAUUGAUCGGAGCGCGCGGAGGAAGGGACCCUCGAGAGUCGCGCAUUCGCCAUCUUGGACGAAUUCGUCGGAGAAGAAGGUUUCUUGGGUGUCCUCACUCUGUCGUAGGCGCGGCGCGAUCCGCUCGGAAGUGCACGGAAUUCGCGUCUGAAUCGCGCGUAUAAAUCUAGUUUUCACCGGGAAUUUAACCCUGUUGUGAAUUGUGAACCCAUUUGGACGGACCAAGACAAAGGGUUCGUUCUUUGGGUCUGAUUGGUACUAAAUGGUUGCGUGCAGACAGCAUGUCUACUCUGUCAGGGAUUGUGUCGAAGGGGGAGAAAGGAAAAUCCAAGUUUCAAUCACUAGAUAUCAAUAGCUUGUAUCGGGUGAGUAGGGGCGAAUCUUUGGAACCGCAUCAGCAAAAAAAUACAUUACCGCGCAAACAUGGAAUGCAAAGUCUUGGAAAGGUGCCUUCGGCACGGCGUCCUCCUGCUAAUCUGCCCAGUUUAAAAAGUGAAACUAGCAGCAGUGAUCCAGCUGUCAGUCUUGUGCCAAGUGGAGGAAGUGGUUGGGCUACAACUAAGGAUUCGACAUCGUCGACCACUACUACUACCACAGUAGCAAGUUCACCUGAUAACACUACUACUGUCUCUUCAACAGCACAAUGCGCAGCAGGGACCGCUGUUCCAACAUCUCUACACUCAUUACUACCGGGACAACAAAAUGUAUCACAGUCUCCUUUUUUGGAUCAAACAAACAACAAAUCAUCAUGGAGCGCGAUUAUGAGCAGAUCAGGAGAUGGUACGCCCAUUGUGGCAGCAGUGGUUGGUUACGCGGGGCUCGUGGGGGGUGCGAAGGGGGCAAGAGGUGCCCUUGGACUGAGUUUCCUCGCCCAUCAGUCCCCGCAGUUCCAACACGAGUUUCCCAGUCUCAGCGGACAGCCCUCCGCCUCCGUCUCCACUCAGAGCCAGACUCAACAGUCCUCGACAACAUCCAAUGCGAUCUCGGUCGCAGUCCAUCAUUCGUUACUACAGCAACAGCCGUACUCCCACAACCACUCAGCUGGCACGCCGGGAAAUCAGCAGUCAAAUCGAGAGUUAAAUGCGCAGUAUGGUCCAGGACCGAGCCUGCGUCCACAAACCGAAGGAAGUUGGAUUCAAGGAGGGAGUCGCACGGCAAGUGGCGCAGCGCCAGCAACAUCAGCUGGUCCCGGAAAUGGGAAUACUCCGGGGGGCCAGGGCCUCCCAUUAAAUAUACCUGUUUCAGGAGGACACACCCAAGAGGGACCCGGUGGAGGGCGGCAGAACUUGGGCCAAUCGCCCAACAUGGGCGCGGGCCCGGCAGGCCAGCAUAAUGCCGUAAAUAAUCAAGGGUCUGUGCCUGCAACCGGUACUCAUCAAAUUGGGCCGAAUUUGCAUCAUUUUCGGGGACUUAUCCCGCCGUUUAUGUAUAGAUCAAAUUUUCCUGGUGGAUUUCCUCCGCAAUUUCCAUCAAAUUCUGGAUCCAAUAGCCCCCGACCCAGAUUCAAUCAUCCCUUGGAUCGAUUUCCACCUCCUCAACGUGACCGUGUGGCCGAGGAAGAGAUUCUGACUAGACCCAUUAUCAAGGAAGAAGAUCUUACUCGUAUGGAUGAUAUUUCACGUGAUGCAGGAUGGGCUGCGCACGAUGAUAUUGAUUAUAACCAAAAAUUGGCCUUUAGCGACGAUGAACCCGAUCCAGAACCGAAAAAUGACGAGAAAAAAGAUAUCAAGGAGAAAAAGGGCGAUGAUAAUGCCACGGAGGAGCAGGAGAAAUCUCGAGAUAAAAGAGAUUCUUCGAAGGAGCUUCGUCAUCCGCCGCAUCGUUCUUGGACUCAACCUUCUAUGAAUCGUGAUUAUCGUGGAUCAAAUGGUGCGAGUGGUAGUGGCGGCUACAAUAAUCAAUCGCAAUUGCACUCUGUACAUUCUUUGAGAGGUGUCGAAGACGACGAGACGUGGAACGAAAGACAUAGAAUCAAGGUUGAAGUUGCGUCCAGUGUCGAACGUGCACGAUUACGCAGGCAAGAAGAAGAGAAACGUUACCAAGAAUUGACCAAACAAGCGGCAGCUAAGAAAUUACAGGAUUUGGAGCAAAAGAUAAAGGAGAAACAGGCGAAGCAAAAAGACGAGGAACGCGCACAGUCAGGCGAGACUAAAAGCUUGAUCAGCAUCCCACCUGUACCUCUUCCUAUUCCCGAAUGGGAAAGAGAAAAGGAAAAUAGGGAGCGAGAAAGCAGAGAACGAGACCGCGAAAGGUCUCGUACCUCGUCCGAAGGAAAGGAUGAGAAAAUUAUCACGUCUGGUCGCGAGACUCGCGACAAUCUCGCGAGAGAGGGUCGAGAUCAAGGACUAGCGGACUUUCGUCAGAAUGAGCGGCAGAAUUUCUUACGGCAACAGGAUACUACGCGCAGCGAGCGCGAAAGGGAACGCGAUCGCGACCAAAGAGACUCGCGAGAUCGCGAACAACCGGCAUUUUCUCGACAUUUUCAGAAUAAUUUACCGCCCAGGUUUCAGAAGCAACAGGCAGAGAGGAGCGGCGCGAAUUUCAAUCGAAUUUCGCCCAAUGCGGAAAGACCUGCCUCGCAAUCUGUUCCAUUCUCCCAGCAAUAUGAUCCUGGUAGAUGGCUUCACAAUUACAAUACAUUGAUAGAUACCAGUAUGAAGCAGUCCAUGCCACCGCAACGUCGUAACAGAACCGAUUCUGACGCAUCAGUACCCUUGGACGAUGAGCGACCUCCGUCUCGGGAUCAUCGUAGCGGUGGCGCGCCGCCAACGAGGGAGGAUCGUUAUCGACAUUCUUCGCAUCGGUCCUACGACAGUCGCAAACCGGCCGGUUAUUACGACGAAUAUAACCGUAAUUUCAGAGAUUACGAGUACGAUGAUAGACACCCUCGUGACUCAUGGGAACGCGAGAGGCAUUUCGAUGACAAGGAAAGAGAUCCGAAGGAAAAUCUGGACUCGAGAGAUAAUCGAGACGGUCGUGAUGUCAAAGAUUCUCGUCCCACCAGUCGUGACGCUCGAGACAUUAGAGAUAUGCGCGACCGAGAUAACAAAGAGAAGAAGGAUUACGACAAUUAUUCGAAGGAUUCCUUCGAUGAGCGAGAACGCGAACAAAGGGAGCGCCCCGAGAGUUCGGAGUGGCGUGAAGAACGCAACGCGGGACAGGAUAGACAACUCGAGAGCCGCCGUGAUGCGCCGAAGGAAGAGCGCAACGAGCGUCCGCAGAGACCGGAUUCGCGCGACAGUCGCGCUUCCAGAGAGUCGAAAACGUCCUUGCGCGACGACGAUCUGCAUAAAUUACGCGAUUGCAAUUCCUGGGUGAGCGAAGUGUCGGAUUACGAGGAAAAGAAACGAGACUUGUUGUAUCACGAGGAAGUUAGGGAGAGGGAUAGAGAUAGAAGGCAACCGCCUGGUCCAGUUACGAAAGAGAAGCUCGAAGCGGACGAAUUGAAGAACGAGAAGCGCAGCUUGACUCAAUUGAAGAGAGGCAGUUCUGAUCUUCCGGAGAAGAAGGAUCAGCCGAAGGAAGGUUCCGUCGAAGCGAAGAAAGAUACGGAUGUGUGGAAUAGAAAAGCGGAACGCUCUUCGGAGAGCAGACAGAUUGAGAGAGGUGACAAUUCGCCAAAGGCAUGGGCCGACGCGAUAUCGCCAACUUUCGAGAAGGAGGAGGAGAAGAUAACGGAGACUGCUAAAGAAGGCAAGGAAAGCGAUGAAAUUAAGCAAAGUUUAUUGGAUAAGCCGACUUUGGAGAAGAGAGAAGAGGCUAUUACCGAAGAUGUUAAAGAGCAAGUCAAGGAUGAGAAGCGAGAGAAGAAUACGCGUAACAGAACGAGUAGCGGUAGCUCCAGUUCUAGAGUACGUGAAUCUCGCGGUGGCCGUCAGUGGGGAGGAACCUUCAGUGUCUUCACUCGUUGGCGUGGUCCGGAGUCUAGGGGGCGACGAGGCGGACCACGACCUGCCGCUAGCAAGUCCGGACUGUCCGCCAAGAGCGGUUUCUACGGACAUACCGAUUCCGAGAACAGUGCCGAUGAAGUAUCCGGCUCUACCGAGUCCGGGAAGGAGGAUAAGCGAUCGGCACGCUCUCCUAAACCGUCCCAGAAGAUCGAGAAGGAAGAACGUAAUCGCGAGGUGUCCAGACGAGAUGACAAGCGCGGCACCGAGGCGUAUUCUCAAGCGCGCAGCGAGAAGAGAGGGUACGACGGAAAACCCAGUCACGAGGCUUUCGCGCCCUCGGGCGAACCAUCCCGUCGUGGAAGAGGCGGCGGUUUUCGCAUUCGAAACACGGCGACGGGCAGCCGUAUGGAAGGCUACGGACCGCCGUCCAGCAAGAGUCCGUUCUCGUCGGAACGGAACGCGGACGAGAAGCAUCAGCAGCAGAGCGCCGGACGGCAGAAUCCACCGACGCCGACCUUGGAGAAGGAGGCGAGCCUCUUGCAGUCCGCGCCAGUCGAGUCCACCGAUGACAAGAUCAUCGCGAAGCAACAGGCGCUUACGGCGGGUAUCACAGGCAGACGCAAUAAAUCCCCGAGUCAACAAACUCAGCAAUCCGCUAAACAAGAAGGGGGUCAGGUCGCUAACGUUAUAUCCCAAAAGGCACAAAUGCGAAAGGAAGAGUCGCGUUCCAAAAGAACUCGCAGUGGAAGCAGAAGGGGGAGAGAUAAUCGCGAAGCUCGUUCACGCGGCAGUAGCAGCAACGUGUCAAAGCAGCCCCAAUCGGACGUGGGUAACGAGGAUUGGGAAACUACGUCGGAGAAUAGCGAGGAACAUAUAGAGGACCACAAGGAGUCUCGUAACAGUCGCAACAAGCAUUUCGGUGGCCGGCCGAUUCAAGCUACGAACCAGAAUGCUAUUGGCGCGAAUCCGCAUUCCCGCAGGAACGAGCAGUCCGCGGCGAACGCCAGGGAGCAACGCGAGAAAAAUCCCAAGUCUUCCAAUCCGGCGUCGCGAGCCCCGGGAGCGGAGAAACGGAAUCUGCAGAACGCCGGCUUCGGCGCUCAGAAGAAUCACAAUACCGACGGCAUCCCGCCCUUGAUGCAAAACGCACAGAUACAAAACGGCGGAAGAUCCAGAAGUCAGAGCUCGACCAACAGCGGCGCGAUCUCGAGUAAAUCGAGCAACAAGGACAGCAUGGUCAAUCGUAUCGACGAAAUCAAACUAACCGAUCCGAACCUCGUGAAUCAAGCGCUGAACGAUCUCAAUAAGAAGUCUCAGGCAAAGGAUAAGAAGCUGAUGGACUCGGAAAUGGAGAGCAACAGCUGCACCGAGGACACCGCGAACGCGACAGCAGAAGAUAAAGUGGACGCCGAUGGUUUUCAGGAGGUACGUUCGAAGAAGAACGUGAAGGAGUCGAGACACAGUCAGAAAGAGGAGGCGAAGCCGGUUAAAAGAGACAAGGAGAAGGAGCGCGAACGCGAACGCGAUCGUUCGAAAUCCAAGUCGAACGGGUCGCAGCAAGCUCUGCAGCAACAGGUACAAAAUAUUCCGCCCUUACUCGGCCAGAAUAUCCCUCAGCCAGCGAAUUUGUCGCAGAAGCGGGAAUACGACAAUAGGAAUUCCAGAAAUAUAAGACUGGCCCCGCGCUUCCAACGUUUGGUGAAGCAACAACAACAGCAACAACAGAUGUGCUCGACGGAAGCCAGCGACAUAAAUAAGCUGAAUAGUCCCGGAAACAAUUAUGCCAAGGACUCGUCCAGCAAUCCUGCGCCGCCACCGGCGGUCAACGCCUGGGACAAACCUUUCACUAGCCAAUUGCGUUCGAAUUCUCCGUCCGCGGUUCCUACGGAUAUUCAGCUGAUGUCGGGUUUAACGGCUCAAAACGAUCACAGUCACGAAGGUAACGAGGCUAACUCCGGACACAGCAGUCAACGAAAUUCCCCGAGCGGCGAAAAGACGGUGAAGAAUCUGAAGGAGACCCUGACGGAGAAGAACGUCGUGUCCGACGUGUCUUCGCCUCCUGUGCAGACCCUGAUCUUCGAGAACACGAAUUAUUCCAAGACCACGAAGACGAGUGGACCGACCGAUCUGGCGGUGAAGUCCAAGUUCUCGAAUCACAUCAAGCAGCAGCAGCAGCGAGCCGAGAAGCGCGCGGAGAUGGAAGAGGAGGGCAACGGCCAGGUGCAGCAACAUCCCCAGCAACCGGCGCUUUCCGUCGCGUUCCCCAAUAAACCGAAUGAUCUGAUCAAGGACAAGAAUCAGGAGCCUAUCCAAAUGCCGCUGUCAUUCAACAAGAACGAGGACAACGCCGACAUGAAGUUGGACUUCACCUUCGACUCGGAUCUUUCGCAGCUGACGGAGGACAAGAGUAAGAGCUUAGGCAUGCCGCGUUCCAUGCAUAUGGCCGGAGGUCAGAGCACCAUAUCGCCGUCGACCGCGGAGCUCAACCUGAAAAUCGCAUCCGUGAAAAAGGUCUGGGAGAACGCGCCGAUGCCGACCGUGGUCGAGCACGAGGACGGCAGCGGUGUGGUGGGUAGCGCGACCAGCUUCCCGCAGGCUUUCGAGAGCGGCGACGUCGACGAUAGUUACAGCCCGCAUCAGCAAUACAAUCAAAACAAUAUGAAAAGCGAAAUCACCACGUCUACGAAUGUGUGCAAGCUGGUUCCCCCGCAGGUGAAGCCGCAGCAACAGUCCUCGGGGAGCAGCGGUACGCAACCGGGCUCUACCGUCCCUGGACCGAGUCCCAUCGGAGCCGGUCAAAGUCCAAUCGGCCACCCUCCCGUUAGUCUUCAAGGUCCUCUGAGCCCACCCCCGUUCAAUUCUACCGGCCAACCUUCACACAUCAACUAUCAGGAAUUCCCGCAGUAUCCUGGCUCGCAAGCGGCGCAAUACGGCGGCAUGUCGGCCAUACCGUCGCCACCGGCUGUAUUGUUCAACACAGGCUCGGGACAGUUGCCGGCUCAAGCGGGCGGUUUAUACGGAGCGUUUCAAUUGGAUCAAAGUCGAUCGCCGUUUACGCAGUACGCUCCCUAUGCUCCGUCCCUCCAGAGCUCGUUCAGCCAGCAAAACGUGUACCUGCAGCAACCGCCGCCGCCGCCGCCUCACGCGCCGAAUGCUCCCACCCCGGAAAUGUAUCAAAACAAUUUGUCUCAAUACCGUAUCACUGCAGCAGCUGCUCCUCCGUUUGGACAAAAUCAACAACUCAGCAACAAUCCUAAUACGGUACUUAUCAGUUCAUCGUCAAAUUCUUUAAUGUCGGCUAGCGUCAAACCGUCGUCUCAACCAAUCGGAGCUAUCGGAACUAAAGCUCCGCAUUUCCAGACUCCAUCCGCUCCUCAACCUAAUCAGUUGGCUUAUAUACCAUACGAUCCAAAUCAAGUGCUUGGUGUAAGUGGCAGUUACUUGAAUAAUUCACAAUUAGUACAGAGACCUGGUCCAAAUGUUCAAGCAUCUGCCAAUAGUUACUACAGUGCCACAUCUGCCGAUGUGUUCCCUGGAUCGCAAACGGGUUUUUACCAAUCUGGCGGUGCCACUCAACAAACUGGAACUCAUUACGGUUUACAAGGAUUUGGCCAGCAUAAUCAAAGUCUGGCAACGGGUAACGCGACCCCUGUCGGUCUACAAAAUUAUGGUCCCAGUUUUUUGUCUAGUUCAGGAUUGCAAAUAGCAGCGGCGGCUCAACAAUUUCGUAAUCCCACCGGUGGUUUACCGGGACCAGGAAAUGCAGCGCCUACGUUUCUUAGUAAGCACCAACCGCAGGAGCAACCCAGACAGUUGAAGAGCCCAUCUGGAAAUCAACAAGAUGUGCUCGCAUCAGUUUUUGGCUCGACUUCUCAAAUACCGUCACCUAAAUCGAGAAAUUGCAAACAACAAUCUUCGUCGCAGCAACCGCAGCCCAGUCCUACACAGCAUCAUAAGUACCCACAAUAUCAGGGCGCUGGCCAGUCUGCUCUGGUAAGCAGCUACAAUCCCUACGUUUUACAGCAGAGCGUACGUGGAAUAGGUAUACCUGGUCGGCCUGGUAUUCAACCAUCGCAACAGCGUUACCCGCCUCCGAUACAACGACCUGUUGUACCAUUUGCCCCAGGUCCAAACCCGAAUAAUCCCACGCAGCAACAACCUGCUUGUAUGCCAACGCAACAGCAGCAACAAGCUCAAAUUAAUCGUCACAGACCAAAUUUACAUCAGCAGCAGCAGCAACAACGUAAUAUGAAGAUGCAACAACAAUAUUACUCAUCACAAGGAAACGUUAAGAUGGAUUCAAAUGACAAAGCUGAUAAUCAUAAUGACAAAAUGAAUGAUGGCCCCUCUGGAACACAGCCUGUAGGUAACAAGCCCAAUGUGAACCAGCAAGAUAGUGAUAACAAUAAGGAGGAAGUGAAUCAGCAAAACGAGUGAAAUACGUGAAUUUUUACGUGAAGGUGAACACACUGCUCUUCCAUUUGUGUGCAAAAAAAACAUCUUUCUUUGGUUAAACCUUUGAUAUAAUUUCGUCGAAAAAAAUAAGGGCAAAGACUGACGUGCUUUUUUAUAAUACGAAAAAAGGAGCACGCAGUGUCACAAUGAAAUUCGAUUAUCUACGAAAUCACGUGCUUAUAUAAUCGACUAUAAUAGUUAAAUAGAUGAAUUAAAAAUCUGAUUUUUGUGCUGUAUCGAAAGAAGGGAACUUAUAGGAAGAUAACAUUAUUUAUACGCACCUCUACCCGUUCUUUAGUU